AUGUCUGAGAUUGUGGAGUUCGAGGUUGAGAUGGAAAAGAAAGGCAAGGGUAAAGACAGCGGCAAAGGCAACGGCAAAGGCAGCCACGACGAGCCGUUGAAGGGCGACGGCAAGAACAGCAACUCAAGGAUGCGAGCAGUCCGUGUGACUGGGCGCAACGGUGCCCCGGUAUUUGUCCACUUUGCCUGUUCCAAUUGCAUACGUAAAUGUGACAACGAGGCGUUUGAUAUCGAAUUUGACGAUGGGGAAUGGUCCGCUUACUUGUACUCGUUAAUGUCAUUGUCGUCAGAAUCGCGUUGCGGUUUAUAA